GAUAACAUUAAAAAACAGGUAUGUUGACAUUUAUGCAUUAAUCAUCCUCUUGAAUUGCAGUAAUUGAUUUGGGAGGGCGGAAAAUGUCACGGUGUGGGCUUUUAAGGGCAUGCGGGGCAUCACUCAUAGCAAUAGCCCACAUUUUGUGCACCAGACUGCAGCAUGUCAGAGGCCCAAUAGGGUCCAUAUCCAAUAAACUCUUCUCCUUUUCUCCUAAUCUCCCCUCCUCCAAAAACCUCCACCGCCUGCCGCCGCCGCCGCGGCGGGGCCAAUGGCUCUCGAUCCUCCUAACAUUCGCGGACGAGUGCAUCUUCAAAUCGGAGAGGAUUGCGGAGGCGGCGUUUCCCCGAUCGGCGCGGCUGUUCGAUUCGAUCCACGGCCUCGCCGACGGCCUUCCGGCGGCCUUUGAAGACGCGCUGGACAGGUUUCCAUUUCAGGAUCUGUUGGGCGUGUCUUCGAAGAUCGGGUGGCUGAAUCUGGUUGUAUCGGCGGCGCUCAGCCAUUAUUGGGGCGGCGGGAGCAGCAGAAGUAUGAAAGAGAAGGAGAUAAGUGUGGAUAUGGGGUGGUGCAUCAAGAAGAAGAAGAAGAAGAGGAAAUGUGAUGAUAAUGAAGAUGAAGAAGAUGAAGAAGACGCCUCAUUUCCCGCUCUCCAAUGCACAAAACGCGCCAAGCAGCCACAAGGCAGGAAGGAGAGCCUGCAAGCUCACGAAGCUGAUAAUACAGAAGAAGACGUGUCAGGUGGAGGAAGAGGGACUACUACAAAGUGCACCUAUAAGGAUGUUCUCACCAAGGGGGUGGUGGUGAAAGACGAUGAGGAAGAAGAAGAAGAAGAAGAACAAGAAGGCGCCGAGGAGUUAUUAGAUCAUUUUGAAAUGAAGAAAAAACGUUUUGAUCAUACAGAAGAAGAGUGUUUUUCUGAAGGAGACAACAAUAAUGGAGGAGGAGAUUUUGUUUCAGGUGAGAAAAGGGUCAAGAAUGGGAAAGGAAAAGGAAAGGGGGAGAAAGACCAAAUCUUGCAACUAUUUGAUUCCAGCUGGAGUCUGUGCUAAUUACUAUAAUUAACUCAAGAUUCAACAAGUUAACCUUAAUUAUAUAUACUAGGUUUCCGAUUUGUAUCGGACUAAUUUAAACAUCUCAAACCUCAUCGCAAGAAUUAGGAUAAAUAUGAUAUUCUUGU